UUAAGAUUCAACUAUCAGAGCUGAUGUCCUCAUUUUGGCUGUACCUGAACAAAUUGCCAGAACUCUGGUGCUUGUGGAGUGCCACAAGUUGUGCAUUGUUCGAAAUACCUGUGCUAUGAAGUGUUUGUUCGCAUAGUCGUAAGACGUGUUGGCUCUGGGGUUCUGACCGACCCAUUUUUGCUCAUGCCAAUAUGGGUGAGGAUAUUAAAAUGGGAAUUGUGUUUGAGAAUGAAGGUAAAAAUGGUUACGGUGAAGGAGAGACGGUAACCGGACAGGUGCUACUGGAACUGACGAAGACUAUUAGAGUAUUACGUUUACGCGUCCAGACCCAUGGCGGAGCCUAUGUUUCCUUUAAACAUGGACGAGGUGUGGAAACGGCCCAAGAACUGCCAACCUCAGAGCUCUCUGAGUAUCUGAAUGAGGAGUGCACUUUACUGACUGAAAUGGCAGGUGGAGAUGAAAUUGUCAUGUCAACUGGAAAACACAAAAUUGAGUUUAAUAUUCUCCUUCCUACUGGACAUUUGGUUACAACAUUUGCUGGUAAAUAUGGUAAAAUCUAUUACCAGUUUACGGCAAUUUUGGAAAGACCUUCAGUGCCUCUUCAGUGUGUUCACAGAGAGCUUCGUGUUAUCAGUCACAUCGAUGUGAACUCUCCAGCUUUUCUUGCUCCAGUGCGCAGAUCCAAAGAACAAAUGGUUGGUUGUUGGAUCUUAACAUCGGGUCCAAUCGCUUUAAGUGCCAAAAUUGGAAGACUGGGAUAUUGUAAUGGAGAAGCUAUUCCAAUUUAUGCAGAGAUUGAAAAUGGUUCAUCUCGCUUGGUGGUCCCUAAUGCUGCCAUUUACCAAACUCAAAAAUUCUUCAACAAUGGCAAGUCAAGGACAUUUCGGCAAAUGGUAGCCAGUGUUAGAGGGAACCACAUUGCUUCUGGAAGUACAGAACUAUGGAAUGGAAAAAUGCUUAAAAUUCCACCUGUCACUCCUUCAAUUCUAAACUGCAGCAUUAUCCGAGUGGAAUAUUCUCUAGCAGUGUAUAUUAAUAUUCCUGGUACCAAGAGGCUGAUGGUAGAACUGCCUUUAGUUGUUGGUACAAUCCCUUUCAAUGGGUUUACCUAUAGAAACUCAAGUGUUGCCAGCCAGUUUCCUGUCGACAUGAGCUGGCUUGCCAUGACACUGCCAGAUCAACCAGAAGCACCACCAAACUAUGCAGACAUAAUGACUGAGGAAGAUCUUUCCAGAAACGCAACCUGUAGGACAACAUUUGAUGACUUGGCAAACCCGUUUCAAAGCCCCCCAUUUUUUGCAAUGCAGGAGUUCCUGUUCCAGCCUCCACCCCUGUAUUCUGAGGUUGAUCUACAUCCCUGCCCCACAAUGGAAAGACAAGUUGCCUCAUUUACAUUAGAAGAGUGACAACUGAAAAAAAUGUUUCUUCAUCUGCACAUUUAUCCACUGGAAAUAUGUUUUUAUAAAUGUGUGGUUUCAUAAGGUGCCUGUACAGAAGACGUGUCCAUAAAAAC